CUCCAUUUGCAGCUCGUGAACAUGGCUUCGACCUCGCCUCGCUCACCAUCAGGCUUUGAGAAGCUCCCCGCCGAAUUGUACGAUGAGAUUUUUUCUCAUCUGCCAGAGCCUUUAGAAGUUAAUGAUCAGUAUUCCGGCCCUGUCACGAACAGAGUCAUUAAUGACUAUGAGAUGCACGGGUUUGAAUAUCUCAAAGGAGUUCGGCGCGACUUCAGGGGCUAUCUUCAGCUGUACUAUCUAAAGCUUCGCCUAGUCUCGAGAGCGUUCAAUCGUGCCAUCACUCGCGUUUGGUUCCAGAACGAGUUCCUCAUACUCCGCGCCUUUGACUAUACUGGCAUGUUCACGAACGAGGAAAUGGCACAACCGGGGAAUUUGGACAGGAGAAUCAUAAUGCCCAACUCCGUCAACAAUAUCAAUAACUUCAUUCUACAAGGACAAUUACUUCCGCAAGUCCUUCGGCGCCUGCGUCUCGAGUUUUCAACGUAUGACUCUUGGCACAGGGAGCGCAUCCAAUGGCUAGAGCCAGACUGCCCAGAAUCCCACCCUGCCGAUAGGGAGUCCUUGCUUGCCUUCCUCAAGGUGCUUCCAUCUGCCCUGGAGAAAUUGGAGCGAUUGGAAUGCUUGUGGCUCAAUUUGACCGAAUCCUGGGGGAGCGAUUACGGCGGCUCUGGUGAUGGAUCAGCACCCCAGUUAGAUCUUGUUGCGGUAAAUGAGCUUCGGAACUCUCUGUGCUCCCUGUUCUCUCCCUCAUAUGGUCAUAACUUCCCGUUCCUGACAGAGCUUCGUCUCGCGCUUCCAUGCACUUACGAUUUUGCCGUUCUGAACAAAGCAAUGUCGGAUGAGGCCACUAGACGCCUACGACAUCUAUAUCUCGAGUAUGUCGACGCAACCGGAGCAGGAGGCGAUAAUAGCUACUUGCUAUGGGCUGAGGACGAGAACGGAUAUGAUGGAGACGAAGGGUUUCCCCCCUCGAACCUCCAGGAGAAAUACCUGAACUAUGAUUACAUGCCCGAUAUUUGCAUAUUGGUCGGCCGAUGCUCCAACCUAGAGUCCUUGGGUCUCCACGCUACACACUAUCUCAACCUCGACGAGCUAGAUUGGAAACCCUCGGGGACAGGUCUAAGAAAUAUUUACAUUUACCGUGCUAUGGUUCACUUCGACACCCUCAAAAAACUUCUCAGCGCGGCCGACGGAGAGUCCUCUAACAUUAUUGCUAUGAAGCUUGGCUAUGUCCAGCUCCUAGACCAUGCCUGGGUUGAGAUCUUCGACCAUCUUUUGCGGGCCGACGCCAUGAAGUACUUUAGUAUUGAGGAUCUGAAUUACGCACACCGCGGUGGAUCAGCACAUUUGAGAGCAUUCAACUGUAGACUAUGGGAGAACUGUAAUACAAUUUGGACAGAGAAUGCUGUAGAUCAGGACCGACUGCAAGAUAUUGUCAAGAAGAUUCUAGACGCUGGAGGUCUUGUGGGUCGUGGCCUGGAUGAUGUGGCAGGGCAGGCUGGCUAUGACACCAAUCAUCCGAAUUCGUUGAAUCUCAUCAGUGAAUGGUAG